UCUGAAAGUGAAAACAACCAAGACUGAAAAGUGAAAAACAGAUUUUUACGGACUGUGAGUUACUUUAGCUUGCGUUUUAAAUUUUUUUGAGUGGCAAAUUUUUAGGAUUGGCUUCGUGGAAGAUGGGUGGCAAGGAGACCAACGAUGAUGGUCGGUUUUUUGAUUUGUCUUUCCAACGCUCGUAUCCAGCAUGCCAGAACGUGGAGGACAUGCUUUGCCAGCGGAUUUUUCACCGUUUCAAAUCGGGUGGAGGAAACGAAGGGAUUGAUCAGAAUGGCUGCACGCGCCUACUGGAAGGUUUGCUGACUUGGCCCGCGCCCACAGCGGACGAUGGGCGACUGGCGAUCGGCCAGCUCGUUAGCACGGUGUACGCCGUGUUUGACCGAGAUAAGGAUGGUGUGCUGGAUUCGGAGGAGUUUCGCCAGUGCUUCCAGCGCUGGAUUCGAACGGUCUUGUUUCCGCGAUGGUGCUUGUUGAUUGUGGACACCCAGAAUGACUUUAUCGACGGCAGUCUGGCGUUGCGCAAUGCGCCUGCCCACCAGGAUGGCGCCGAGAUAGUGCCGGUGAUUAAUGGCAUGCUGCAGCGGCACUCCUUCGACGCCGUCGUCUAUUCCAUGGACUGGCAUCCACCCAAUCACUGCUCUUUUCUCCACAAUGUUACCAAACACACCCUGCAUCCUUCCAACAAGAUCAAGGCCGAGAACGCCAAAUUAUUCGACACCGUGAUUUUCUCCGUGGACGGCGAGCCGAUGGAACAAGUGCUUUUUCCGGCUCACUGUGUCCAGGGCACAACUGGAGCGGAGUUACACGCCGAUCUGAAGAUUGUGGAUGGCGCAAACACACCGAGCACCACGGUAAAAAAGGCAACAGAUGCUCGCAUCGACUGUUACAGUGCUUUCGAGGAUAAUCUGCGGAAACAUCGCACCAUGCUCGAUGAGUUCCUAAAACAACAGCGCAUUACCGAUGUUCUUAUCUGUGGACUAGCCUAUGACUACUGCGUCGGUCGCAGUGCAAUGGAUUCCUUGCGAUUUGGUUACCGCACGGUAAUUAUUGAGGACGCCGUGCGCGGAUCGAAUGACGAGGCCAUCGCCCGUGCCAAAGACGCCUUCACCAAAGAGGGCGGGCUGAUAAUCGCCGCUGCUCAGCUUGGUGAUCUGAUGUCCGGCGCAUGCAGAUCUCCCCGGUUAGCCUCACAGACCCUGCAGAAUCUCCUCAAUAAAUCAUAAUGAAAAAGCACGGCCGCACUUUGUGAUUAUUUACUAGCUUGUUGUUUUGCCAGUCAGGCGUGCAGCUUCGGUAUUGUUCCGUAAAUAGGUGUGAAAUUCUUACUGUGGUUGCCGUGAAAUUGACCGGUCAACAUGCAUCAUGCAUUUGGCAGCUGGUCUUUAAAGAAAUCAUUUAUGAAAUUUAAUUUAAUGAAUGGGAUCCUAUUUGGAGGUUAUAUUAAAAUUAAUGCAACGACAAACUUACAUUGA